AUGACAAUAGGGGUGCCAACAAAAGUUUAUGACGCAGUGGUCGUGGGUGCAGGGGGUGCAGGUGUUGCGACUGUUGGUGCGCUCCUCCACUUCCAUCGGUCCAUCCGAAUUGGAUGGGUAGAUCCUGACUUCACUGGGGGAAGGCUAUCAAAGAGAUAUAGAGAUGUGUCGAGCAACACCAAAACAUCUCUGUUUCGACAGUAUGCUGAUGCGUUCGAACCUUUCCGUCAAAUUGUGGCUUCAACACCGAAACCACAUGCAGUAACUGCCCUCGAAGCCCUCGAUCAAAGCCGAGGCUGCCGUCUCCAAUAUGCUUCGGAUAUGCUCGCCAUGUUGACCGACGGUCUACGCAGACUUCCCAAUGUCGAGACACAUGUUGGAAAUAUGGCGGAAGCCGAUUUUCAACCUUCGUCCGCCUUUUGGUCAAUGCGUCUCAACUCGAGAAACCCUGAAUCGAACCGGAAACUUUACUCGCGGAACAUCAUUAUGUGCACCGGCUCGUCGCCCACGCGGAUAUCUUUACCUUAUUCCUCGCCAACCAUCCUUGACCUCGACACCGUCCUAGACCGACAGAAACUUCGGACCGUCCUGUCAACGACAGAUGAAAAAGUUGUCGUUGGAGUUGUGGGCACGUCUCAUAGCGCCAUCGUAGCAAUCAUGAACCUUUACGAAUUAGCAACACGGACCCAUCCUUGGAUCCAGAUCAAAUGGUUCGUCCGCGGGCGUUUGACCUACGCCGUCGAGAUGGACGGCUGGAUUCUGCGAGACAAUACGGGCCUGAAGGGCGCCUCUGCCGAGUUUGCACGCGAGAAUUUGGAAGACGAGAAGUUGGCAAACUCCCCGGUGGGCAAGGUGCUCACCAAAGUCGAAUGCCCAGAUAUCCGCGAUGUGUCGAUGAAACCUCACUUUUCCUCCUGCACGCACGUCGUGCAAGCAAUCGGCUUCACGCGAGACCCGAUCCCGCAGCUCGCCAUCGACGGUAGGGUUCUGAACGGCAUCACCCAUGAUCCGAUUAACGGCAUCCUUCUGAACCACGCCGCCGUCCCACAGGCUUAUGGUGCGGGCAUUGCUUUCCCAGAGAGAGUCACCGAUCCUGCAGGCAACACUGAAAGCGCAGUUGGACUCUGGAAAUUCAUCAAGUAUUUGCAACGGGUCGCCCCCUCGUGGUGCUAA